CAGCCACCGCUCGAGCUGGGGCUGAGGCGAGUACCAGCAUACGGAUUGCGGUCCACGGAGUGUCGUUGUGCGCAUCCUGUGUUAUGUACAUCUUUUUCCCUUGAAAUUUCCUACAUUUUCCCUUCCAGUGUGCUGAGGAGCGUUUGGAGCUCUCGGUUGUAAGAUCUAGCCUCCACCCCCAUUCAUACAGGAAUUCUACAGACAAUUGUGGAAUAUACACCUCUACGUGGUAUUGCCAUGUGGCGAGGUUUUUUCAGAUUUGGCGUUUCCAUCCUCCUCAAGAAAAGUGGCUGUUGGCUCUGACUUUUGGUUUUAUUCAAAGAGUAGCUAAGUGAAGGGAGACCUAAAAGGAACCCCAGGAGAAAUGGAAGUUUUGGUCGUUGGCUUGGUCCUCUGAGAGGCUGCUGCCGCUGCUGGUGGCGAUUGGUGCAGGAGGGGAAACUGCGUCGCCAGGUCUAAAACGGCAGGGGGGAUCUCGGGUCAUUAGCCAUCACAGGACCUGCAAUUCAAGACAACAAGGUUUUCCCCAAACCGUCUCUCUCGCUGUCGAAUCGUCACAGAUUUAUUUAUUUUUUCAACGAUCGGUCACAUCAUCCGGCCCCUCAGCUUCGACUUAACGCGUCGGCGUUUUGGAUGCGGCGCGUUUUCUCUCUCUCUUUUUUUUUCCUUCACUGCAGCUCGGCGCCUCUCUACUCACCCAGAAUCUGAUUUAAUGUUCGGAGGAAUUUCAACAGGGUACAAGUCUCCAACUACACCCUGGAAAUCUGCUCCUCGAUUUUUUAUUUUUUUAACCUCCAUCUCCUCGAACGCAAAAAGAGCAAAUCGAGACAGAGAUUGAUGGACUGAAAGAGGAGCCUCGUUUCACGGGAUUUUAACUCUGAUCAGAGCUGUAGUUUUUCCUGUGUUUCUUUUCCUGAUCUCUGGACAUAAUGAAAGUUCUCUUGGCUGUGUUGCUUGUUGCCGUUUUUUGGAGCCAAGAGUGGAAGUCUGCGCUGUCGGAUUCAAUCAUCCAUAUCGGUGCCAUCUUUGACGAGUCAGCACGAAAAGAUGAUGAAGUUUUUCGUCUCGCUGUGGCAGAUCUCAACUUGAACAAUGAGAUCCUGGAGACAGAAAAGAUCACCUUCUCUGUGGAAUUUGUCGAUGGAAACAACCCUUUCCAAGCUGUUCAAGAAGCUUGUGAGCUGAUGAACCGUGGUAUCCUGGCUCUGGUCAGCUCUAUUGGCUGCAUGUCAGCAGGUAGCCUUCAAACGCUGGCCGAUGCCAUGCAUAUACCCCAUCUCUAUAUCCAACGCUCUCCAGUGGGAACGCCGCGCUCGACAUGUCCACCCACCAGUCGUAUUCCUGGAGCUGAUGACUACACCCUUAUGGUUCGCCCACCUGUGUUCCUCAACGAAGUUAUCAUGCAGGUGGUGUCUGAAUACAGCUGGCAGAAGUUCGUUCUCUUCUAUGAUUCCGAUUUUGACAUCCGUGGUAUUGAGGAUUUUCUGGACCGUACCUCUCAGCAAGGAAUGGACGUGUCCCUUCAAAAGGUGGAAUCUAAUGUCAACAUGAUGAUCACAGGUCUUUUCAGAACAAUGCGUGUAGAGGAGCUGCAUCGAUACAGAGAUACGCUACGGAGAGCAGUGUUGUUCAUGAGCCCAGCUACUGCCAAGGCUUUCAUCACUGAGGUGGUGGAGACCAACCUGGUUGCCUUUGAUUGUCAUUGGAUCCUGAUUAAUGAGGAGAUCUCAGACUAUGACUUGCAGGAGUUAGUCAUGAAGUCAAUUGGCCGGCUGACUUUAGUUCGCCAGAUGUUCCCGAUGCCCCAGAACACAACGCAGCGCUGUGUCAAACACAACCACAGGAUUAACACGUCCCUCUGUGACCCUAAAAGCCCUAAGGCUCAGCAGCUUGAGAUCACCAAUCGUUACAUCUAUGAUUCCGUUUUGUUGCUGGCCAAUACCUUCCACAGAAAGUUGGAGGACAGGAAGUGGCACAGCAUGGCCAGUCUCAGCUGCAUCAGGAAGAACUCCAAGCCUUGGCAAGGAGGCAAGAGCAUGCUGGAGACAGUGAAAAAGUUUGGAGUGAGUGGUCUUACCAGUUUCUUGGAGUUCACUGACAAUGGCAGUAAUCCCAACAUCUUCUUUGAAAUCCUGGGAACAAAUUAUGGAGAGGACAGGGGCCGAGGAGUCAGCAGGCUCGCCACAUGGGACCCGGUUCAUGGACUGAAUGGCACUUUGACUGACAGGAAAUUGGAAAACAACAUGAGGGGAGUCGUGCUAAGAGUUGUCACUGUUCUGGAGGAGCCAUUUGUGAUGGUGUCAGAGAAUGUGCUUGGGAAACCAAAGAAGUACCAAGGCUUUUCAAUUGACGUCUUGGAUGCGCUGUCCAACUACCUGGGCUUUAAGUACGAGAUCUAUGUGGCUCCAGACCACAAAUACGGAAGCUUGCAGUCCGACGGCCAGUGGAAUGGACUCAUGGGGGAACUGGUUUUUAAGCGAGCUGAUGUUGGACUCUCUGCUCUGACCAUCACGCCUGAGCGGGAGAGUGUUGUAGACUUCACCACACGCUACAUGGAUUAUUCCGUGGGCGUUCUGCUGCGCAAGGCCGAGCGCACAGUGGACAUGUUUGCCUGCUUGGCACCUUUCGACCUGUCGCUGUGGGCGUGCAUUGCAGGCACUGUGCUCCUCAUUGGCAUCCUGGUGUACUUGCUGAACUGGCUCAACCCACCGCGGCUGCCCAUGGGAUCAGUGUCUUCAACCACGCUGUACAAUUCCAUGUGGUUUGUGUAUGGGUCCUUUGUACAGCAAGGUGGAGAAGUCCCAUACACCACCCUUGCAACCAGGAUGAUGAUGGGUUUUUGGUGGAUGUUUGCCCUCAUUGUUAUCUCUUCCUACACUGCUAAUCUAGCAGCUUUCCUCACAAUCUCACGGAUAGAGAACUCUAUACAGUCUCUGCAGGACUUAUCAAAGCAGACUGAACUGCCAUACGGGACAGUCCUGGACUCUGCAGUGUAUGAUCAGGUGCGCUCAAAGGCUAUGAACCCCUUUGAGAGAGAUCCCAUGUACUCCCAGAUGUGGCGGAUGAUUAAUCGGACUGGAGGAGCAGAUAAUAAUGUUGAGGAGUCGAGGGAAGGCAUUCGCAAGGUGAAAUAUGGCCGCUUUGGCUUUGUGUGGGAUGCAGCAGUGCUGGAGUACGUGGCCAAUAAUGAUGAGGAUUGUUCAUUCUACACUGUAAGCAGCAACGCGCCAGACCGUGGAUAUGGUAUCGCCAUGCAGCACGGCAGCCCCUACAGGGACAUUUUCUCCCAGAGAAUCUUGGAACUCCAACAGAAUGGCGACAUGGACAUCCUGAAACUCAAGUGGUGGCCCAAAGAUAGCCCGUGUGACCUCUACAGCUCAGACCAGACGCGGCAGCGUGGCAACGCGCUCGACAUCCACAGCUUUGCCGGAGUUUUCUGCGUCCUGGCAGCUGGCGUGGUUCUCUCCUGCCUCAUUGCUAUGGUGGAAAGCUGGUGGUCACGACGGAAGGGAUCUAGAGUUCCCUCCAAGGAGGACGAUAAGGAGAUCGACCUGGAGCACCUACACCGCAGGGUUAACAGCCUGUGCACCGAGGACGAAAGCCCCCACAAGCAGUUCUCCACCUCUUCCGUCGAUUUAACCCCCCUUGACAUGGAUGCACUUCCUGCUGCACGACAGGCGCUCGAGCAGAUCAGCGACUUCCGCAACACACACAUCACUACCACCACCUUUAUCCCUGAGCAGAUCCAGACCCUGAGCCGCAGCCUGUCCGCCAAAGCCGCAGCUGGGUUUUCCUCUGGUUUUGGUGGUGGCACCAACCUUCAGGACCACCGAACUGGUGGGGUGGGCCCCUUCAGGCAGAGGGCCCCAAAUGGUGGCUUCUUCCGCAGUCCCAUUAAAACUAUGUCCUCCAUUCCUUACCAGCCAACAGGUCCAGGACCCAAUUUUGGAUACGGCAACGAUCCAGACAGGGGCACCUCCAUUUGAGGUGUUGCAAUGGAUAGAGUUGGUUUGGGAGGAGAAGUAAGAGGAAGAGGUGGUCUGAGUAUGUCAUGGGGUGGUGAACAAAUAUUUCAUGGCUAGGCUAACAUGUCAGAGGAUAUAUAUAUGUGUAAACAGGAAUAUUUGUUUCUGUUUUUAGUUUUUGCUCGGGUAUCCAGAGGUGUUAAUUUUGUAUGUGGGGGUAAAAAACGAAAAAGGUGGAGGUCUGGAUGGGUAUUCUUCAUCCUCCCACAAACAAUGCAUCUCUACUUUAUUGUUGUCGUUGUUGUGAUUGUUUGGGGGAUUAUUUUGGGAGUUACAUCUGAGAGGGGACCUAUUUUUUAUUGAUGUUUUAGUUCUCUGACAUGAGGACUUUCUUAUGUACUGCUGAAAUGACCUGACACUUUUUGCUGUAUGAACACCCUCUUGGUGAGUUUAGUCAAAAACUAGUUUAACACCAAGACCUACCCCCUUGUUAGCUCCGGAGUUGCCAUUGAUGAAGAAUUUUAGCUCUCUUAAUCCAUGAAAUAAUUUUCAGGGGUUUUGACUGCUAACAAAAAUGAGGCAUUAAUAUUAUGAAAAUAAAACACAAGGUGUUGUCUUGAAAUCGACGAUUAAUUAUCUCUGGUUUAAUGCUGCCUUUUCACUAUGUGAGAGGCUGGACUCAUUGUUCUCUUCACUGGUGUUCUUGUAUCAAUGCCUUUGGUUCUGAAUAUGUAAGGUAUUCCAAGAUAAUAUCCAUGCGAGGGAACCUGACCGAGACAUAAGACCAAGCAGGCGAACACAUGUUGACACCUCCACGGUGCAUCAGUGAGAAAAUUGUUGAAAUGCCAUGACAGUGUAACAGUGUGACACUGUAACUCACCAGUUUUGGUGCAUCAAUCUUUAAAGUCCUUCUGCCAUUUUUGGUGCAUCAGCCUGAAACUGUUUUCACCACUUUGAUGCACAUUAAACUCUUUGUCAAUCCUGCUGCACUGUACCAGUGCCCACAGACCUGUAAGUGAUUGUAUGUAGAUCUUACCUUUUAUUUUUGCUCACCUGUAUUGUGCUAUCUGCUUUUUGAGUCAAGGUGAGAUACUCCAACCAGACUCUGAGGUAUAGGAGAAAUGGACAUUCAUAAAAAGCAGCUGAAAAAGUGGGGGGAAAAAAGACGAGCUGAAAGACUUCACAAAGCUUAUGCUUAUUAUAUGUCUUUUAUUGAGUUUUGUUUUAAAAAAAAGAUUUUAAUGCGUGGAAUGUGUUUUGGUCAGGAAGUACAAAAAAAUUUCACAUUGUUCUGAGCUGUCUACUUGUUUUUAUUUCCUCUCUCUGAGCAAACUUUGGAAAAACUGCUAAACAAUUGCUGUAGUCUCUGAUUUUGUGUCACACUCAAACUUCUGCUCUUUGAUUUUUCUCUGUUUUGAUUAACCUUUUAGUGCUACCAUAGCUCCGGUGUUUAGACGAUAAAAGCUCACUCUGCAAUGUCAUGUCACAUCCAAGAAUCAUGAAUUGCAUCUUAUCAGGUUCAAGUGCUGAAAUGAAGUAUAAUCUGUGUUUGAGGCAAAGCCAUUGCAACAAUGUUUUCAGUACAAGCCUUAUGUGACCGCCAGCUGGAAAUCCCCUCCUAGCAUCCAGGAAACCCCAAACCACUGCUGUGUACUGGAAACAUUGAAAAGCAGCAAAUCUUUGUAGAGAUGGAGAUCAAGGCAAUGUCCUGAAGGAUCAGUGAUCAUCAGAACCUAAUGAGUCCAAAAUACUCUUCAAUUUCAUGUUUUUCACAGAAAAGGUACUAUUUAUAUAACUUGUUUUUUAAGUGCCAAUUAAUUAAAACAAAACCAUUAAGGUGCAUUUUUUUGGUGGGGAGUGGGAGUGGAGCAUUUUUGUGGAUUACUUUGUGGAUAAAAGGACAGGUUGUUAAGGUGGAACCAAACCUUUUUAUUUCACUAACACUGUAUUAAUAAUUGGUAAUGUUAGUUGUUUAGAACAAGUUUUUGGUUUCUUAUCUUUUUGAGCUAAAGCUGCAAACUGUUGUGUGUAGAGAAUUCAGUCAAACCACAGUGUUUUGAAGCAAGCAUUGUUAGGGUUUCUUUUCUUAUAUUAGAAUACAGUCGGGCUAUUGAAUGA